GGCCUCGCUCCGCGCAUGCAGCAGUGUGAGUCGAGACGCGGGACGGGACGGCACGGCUCGGACGGGACGAUACAACGGACGGCCAGGGAUCUGCAGGCUCCGCAGCCAUGGCGUGGGCCCCCGUGUGCGCAGCGGCGGUGCUCGUAUCGCUGGCUCAGCUGGCCCUGCUGGGGGCGCCGGGGUCGGAGCUUCGAGAUCAGCUACGAGCAGGACGCCUUCCUCAAGGACGGCCAGCCCUUCCAGAUGCGGUCGGGCUCCCUGCACUACUUCCGCGUGCCGCGCGUCUACUGGCGGGACCGGCUGCGGAAGCUCAAGCGGGCGGGGCUCAACACCGUGGCCACGUACGUGGAGUGGAGCCUGCACGAGCCCACCCCCAACCAGUUCGACCUGGGCGGCGAGGCCAACCUGCUGCACUUCAUCCAGCUGGCCGAGGAGGAGGGGCUGCUCGUGAACCUGCGCGUCGGCCCCUACAUCUGCGCCGAGCGCGACAUGGGCGGUCUUCCCCCGUGGCUGCUGUCCCUGAAGCCGGACAUCAAGCUGCGCACGCGGGACCCUGUGUUCAUGCACUACACCAAGCGCUGGCUGGACGUGCUCAUGCCGAUGGUCAGGCCCCUGCUGUACGGGAACGGCGGGCCCAUUAUCUUGGUGCAGGUGGAGAACGAGUACGGCAGCUACCCGGCGUGCGACCGGCCCUACCUCAUCUGGCUGCGCGACCUGUUCCGCGGCCACGUCCACGACGCCGCCGUGCUGUAUACGACCGACGGCGCGGGCGCGAGCUACCUCAACUGCGGCAAGAUCCCCGGCGUGUACGCCACCGUGGACUUCGGCUCCUCCAGCGACCCCGCGGCCGCGUUCGCCACGCAGAGGAAGGUGGAGCCCCACGGGCCGCUGGUCAACUCGGAGUACUACACGGGCUGGCUGACGCACUGGGCGGAGAAGGAGCAGACCGUGGCGUCGGGCGACGUGCUCCGAGGCCUGCGCUGGAUGAUGGACAACAACGCCAGCUUCAACUUCUACGUCUUCAUGGGCGGCACCAACUUCGGCUUCACGGCGGGCGCCAACUUCGGCAAGGACUACCAGCCGCAGCUCACGUCGUACGACUACGACGCGCCCCUGUCGGAGGCGGGCGACACCACCCACAAGUACCACGCCAUCCGAGGCCUUAUCCUGCAGUACACGGGCGCGGACGCGAGCCCCAUGCUGCGGGUGUCGCCCAAGCUGUCGUACGGACCCAUCCUGCUGCAGCGCGUGGCUGACAUCCAGGCGCUGGCCACGGGGCCGCCGACGACGGCCACCUACCCCCGCGACUUCGAGGAGCUCCGCCAGGCCUUCGGCUACAUCCUGUACGAGACGCGCGUCCCCGCCGACUACACGCCCAAGAAGGACAACAAAGCCCUCUUCAUGGCGCAGAAGAUCAGGGACCGGGGUGUCGUGUUCGUGGACCAGGCCCGGCGCGGCGUGCUGUGCCGCACCAAGCCGCAGCGUUCCGGGCUGUCGCUGUCCGGGGUGCAGGCGGGCCAGCGGCUGUCCGUGCUGGUGGAGAACCAGGGCCGCAUCAACUACGGCGGCCGCCUCAACGACACCAAGGGCCUGGGCAACGUGACUCUGGACGGCCGCGUUCUCCGCGGCUGGACCAUGACGCAGCUGCCGCUCAACAACCAGACCAAGAUCGACGCCUUGGCGCGCCGGGCCGCGCGUCGCGUGGAGCGCCGCCUGAACGCGGCCGCCAACGCCAACGCCAGCGCCAACGCCGCGCCCCGCGACCCCAAGCAGGACGUCCCCGGCGUGUACCUGGGCCGCUUCGUGCUGCCGCCCGAGUACGCGUUCCCCAGCAGGGAGCGCCUCGAGGAGCACGACGGCCAGCCGCCCCUGCCGGACACCUUCCUGGACACGAGCGGCUGGGGCAAGGGCGUGGUGUUCGUCAACGGCUUCAACCUGGGCCGCUACUGGCCGUCCGUGGGGCCGCAAGUGACGCUGUACGUGCCGGGCCACCUGCUGCACCCGCCGCCCACGCAGAACACGCUGCUCGUGGUGGAGACGGACCGCGCCCCCGAGAUCCCCUACCUCAACCUGGUGGACCGGCCCACGCUCAACGGGGCGGUGUGCGGCACGGGGCCGGGCGGUGCCGCCACCGCGCCGGCGGGGGCGCCGACGAUCGCCGUGUCCAGGGUGUCCUGCUGCUGACGGCGUCAAGAAGACCAUGGCCUCCAAGGUGAAGACGGCUUCCCCCGAGGAGCACCGGCCAACGACCGCCGCGCCGCCCGAGGCUGGGACGUCGUCCGACGGUCCAGAACCUCAACCGCCACCACCGGCCGGCCCGGCCGCGGCGGAGAAGAAGAAGUUCCAGUCGCGGUUCCGCACCCGGCCGCGGUGGACGUGGUGCGACGUGCGGCGGCGCGAGGAGGACCAGAAGGAGCGGCCGCAGCGGCACGAGCAUCUCGCCGUCGCCGCUCGCGGCCCCGUCCUCGCUCAGGGCUUGAGGUCAGGCGUGGCCCUGGGUUCGAAUCUCGCGCCCGGCGUGGACUUUUUACUUUAAGCCGCGAUGACGGGCACGUCGCAGGUUCGCCGGCAGCGGACCGCGGCGCAAUGCGGUGGCGCACGUUGGCGGCUUCCACUGGUGGCCCGCGGGGCAGCACCUCCGCGGCACCGUCCCCGCCCUGGUCCCCGGGGCCGUCAU